CCCUUUGGUCAUUCUUUAUUAGCAUUGCACUCUUAGGCGCAGUCUAUCUUUGUGGGUCUUCCCGCCUUUUUGCAUGUUUUAGAAAUUUCAUAACCCCAUAUCCGAUGGCAGAUCCGUCACGAACAUGUGGCCGGCACUAUGUGUGAUGGCAAAAGGGACCUUUGCAUUCAUAAGAAUACUCUGCGGUGUCACGCCGCAUGCAUGGAAGACAGGAACUUCACCCUCAUCGACAGUGAUCGAUUCCCCCCAUUCAGGAUUAUCAAUGUCCUUGAUGCCAAUAGCCAAUGCCGACCCUACAGCAACCGGUCCGCCGUGAGCAUGUGUGUACUUGGAAGUAAUUUCGAUCUGUGGAAAAAGAAACAAGAAAUGAGUUGGUUGUUUUGUUAGGUUCAAGAUUGAUUUCUUGGACACAAGAAAAUAAUAGGAAACAUGUAUUGCUUACGUGUUUUGAAAUUUGCAAGGCAGGAAUGGGUUUCAUGCUGACCACCAUGUUACCACUCAGUGAACCGGCCGAACGACAUUUGAGAGUAGUGUUGUACAUCGGUACGUUUUUUCCCUGUUCGGCACUCUUUAGUGGAAUCCCAGCAUUCAUCAAUGCCCCAUCGUAUGAGAAGCUGCAUCCGAUCAAAAAGGCUACAGAGUUCUCGGGCCAAUAGCUGGUGACAUCCGUUACUUCUUUUUCGAGUUUUCCAUUGCGAUAGAUAGCGUAUCUGCACAAAAAGAGUUUUGUCAGGAGAGAAAAAUGAAGUGAGAAACGACGAGGAAGCGAACAAUAACCGGUUAUUGCCUCGCCCCGUAUUCUUUGUCAUGGCAAAUACAAAUUCGAUUGUUCUACUCACUUUGGCACGUCAGUCCUCAGAUCUGCCCCGGGUGCAACCCCAAAUGGAUGGGGAGAGCCAACAUCGCACACCUCAAUGAGGGGACAAGCCUUUGGAUUGCGCUGGCAAAAUAGGAGAAAGUCAAAGGAUAUCGGCCCGUGGGGCAAGACAACCAGAUUGCACUGCAUAAACCCCGGGCAAACGCCAUUGGUGGGCGUGGUAAAAUCUCCCCUCCGGACCUCCUCGCGAAAGGCACGUGAGAGAUGCAAUACCUCAUGCAACCGGGGAGCCCCGUGCCAGUCCAGGCUAUUGUUUCUGCUGUUGCAGCCAUUUUUGGCGCGAUCACUUUCAUGGUCGUCCUGUGGGGACGCGUGGACGUCGCAAGAACCAUCGGCGGGAAAGGCCUCGAUCAAUGGUUCCUGGUUUUGCGGUAAAGGUUCCGUUGUCGGAGGCUUGAACGCCUGCUGCACGUCUCGGAUGUCGACCUUGUUGCUGUUCGACGAGCGAGAAGGCCCUAUCUUGAUCCUACCCACCGCUCGCUGCAAAUCAUCCAGUUCGGACUGCGUAAAUGUGUUGGCGGGGGAUCCCUCCUGGGGUUGACAGGCCGGCAAUAGCUGUCUCAAAACCUCGUCUUGCUCUUCUUUCGUCAGCGUGUUGUUGUUGAUUUUGAGGUGGGGGUCAGUAGCGGUCAUGGUGGAGUCUUCGAUUCGGCUUUAUUGUGCAGUUU